CAAUCUGCGGCGUAGUUGUGUUCAGUGGCUGUACAGUAAAAGGCAAAAAUCCAAGGGAAACAAUUUUACUGUAGCAGAACAAAGGUCGAAAUCUCUGUGUCCCUGUUUUCCAGCAUUGGAACCUAUGCUUUCCCACAGAACGUGAAGGCAGCAGCGCGCCAGCCAAUGUGGGUGUUGAUUUUUUUCAAGAUGACCAAUCAGCGGCGAUUACGUCUUAGGACGGCGUAUGAGUCAAACGGCCCGCCCUAGCGACGUCCAUUGAAGAAAAGGAAGAGGGCCGGUGUGAGCAUACGGUCCCCAGACGAAAUUCGGUCAUGACGAACAAACUUUGUAAGCUUUUUGUCGGCGGACUGAACGUGGAGACCAACGACGAUGGCCUCCGCAAGUAUUUCGAGCAGUACGGCACCCUCACCGACUGCGUUGUUGUAAUGAACCAGCAGCUAGGACGGUCCCGCUGCUUCGGCUUUAUCACCUACUCGACGCCGGAGGAGGCCGACGCAGCAAUGGCGGCUAAGCCACAUGUCGUCGAAGGAAACAACGUGGAGCUGAAGAGGGCCAUAGCGCGGGAGGACGCCAACAACCCGGACAUCCUCGCCAACGUCAAGAAGAUCUUCGUCGGCGGCGUGAAAGACCACAUCGAGGCGGAGAACCUCACCGAGUACUUCUCCCAGUUCGGCGCGGUGGAGAAGGCCGAAAUCAUCUCCGACAAGCAGACCGGCAGGAAGAGAGGCUUCGGCUUUGUCUUCUUCGAGGACACCGACUCCGCCACCAAAGCGGUGCUCACCAAAUACCACACCAUCGACGGGAACAAGGUCGAGGUGAAGAAGGCCCUGACCAAGCAGGAGAUGUCCAGCGCCGGCGGCCGGGGAGGACGGGGCCGAGGGAGAGGGAUGCAGAACUAUGGCGGCGGAAGAGGCGGCGGCGGCGGCGCCUACGGAGGAGGCUACGGCGGCGGUUACGGAGGGGGAUACGGCUACGGCGCCGGGUACAACGGCGGCGGGGGCUACGGGGGCUAUGGGGGCUACGAAGAGUACGACAGCCAGAUGGGUGGCGGCUACAGCAACGGGGACUUUGGGGACGGCUACGGACAGCAGGAAUCCAGUUAUGGUGCAAUGAAAGGGGGCAACUAUUCCUACAGGAGCGGGGCUCCGUACAACAGAGGCGGCGGUUACGGAAGGGGUGGCGGAUUCGGCGGGGGGUAUUAGCGGCUCCCUCCACUUUUGUGUUAUGGGGAAAAAAAUCUGAUUUUUAAAAACGAACUAGACACAUUAACACGAGCCCAGGUGGGGGUGAGGGGUCGCGCGAGCGGUGCGGCCGCCCCGCCCCCUACCCGGACCCAUCUGUUCUCCUAUUCCACAUUAUGGACUUGACAACUUAAAAUUGUGAAUUAUUGAAUUGUGGUUUUGUUAUGUUUGAGAAAUGUUUUUUGAACAAACCGUGGGGCCGUAAUUAAUGUCAGUCACUGCUUCUCAACUCGGAAUUGAGUUUGUUUGUCUUGCAAACCAGCCAGAUGUGUCUGUUAUUUUUGCAUCAUGAACUCAGGGUUUUAAGUGAAGUUGGUGGCAGUGUCCGGCAGCAUGGGACUUUGAGCUUGAGUUUCUAGGUCUGAAACGCUUUUCGUGACAAAGUAUUUUGUGAGAAAUGUCACGGACUGACAUUUAAAUUACCAUUUUGUUUUCCUCAACCCGUCCCAUUUGAUUGAUUGAUUUAUGUUUAGAUUAAAGCUGUUUGAAAUAUGUGCUCAGUUCACCCCAAUAUUCUGUUUUUAUUAAAGUUUUUAAUGUUAAUGAUCUUAUCGUGUAGUCUUGAUUAAAUCGUGGGUUACAUUUAAAAACAUAAAACCUCUUCCCUGCUAGUGGCUCCACACUGAUAAAUUUGCAUUACUGGAAUAAAAAGCCUCUUCUUCGUAACCUUGUGGUUCAAAAAGCUGCCACAAGGAGGGAGUGUUGCCUUUCAGUCCAGUUCAGUGGCCAUUUUAAACCAGCAGAUGGUACCUUUUAAAGUCAGUUUUCCUGCACUAAAAAGCAUCAAGCAGGAUAAAGAUCAUAAUGUUUCAUGGUUUGUACUUUAUUUCGGCUGGUCUCCCUCCAUGAGUGCGGCCCACUGUUCUCCCCAGGGGGUCCGAUUCCGUUGUAAAAUGUAUGUAAACAGAUGUGACCAAUGACAAUAAAGAUGAAUUCUUCAAACAUCGGCCUUAA